AUGGGGUUUGCGCUUAAAUAUGGUUAUUCCAUUCUUUGUGUCGCGGCAGUGGCACUACUGCCUGCAAUAAGUCACUCCCAAGACUACACAUGCUCAAGAGCAACUUAUUUUGGGAGCCCUGAUUGCUUAGGGACCCCAACUGGAGCUUGCGGGUUUGGAGGAUAUGGAAGGACGGUCAGUGACGCUAAUGUAGCUGGUGUUUCAAGACUCUUCAAGAAUGGUACUGGCUGUGGUGGUUGCUAUCAGGUUAGAUGCAAAGCUCCAAACCUUUGCUCUGAUGAUGGGGUGAACGUAGUGGUUACUGACUAUGGUGAAGGAGACAAAACUGACUUCAUCCUCAGCACACGUGCAUACUCAAGAAUGGCACGUCCGAACAUGGCCUUAGAGCUGUUCGCAUAUGGUGUUGUUGAUGUAGAAUUCAGGAGGAUCCCUUGCCGCUACUCUGGUUAUAAUCUCAUGUUCAAGGUCCAUGAACACAGCAGGUUUCCUGAGUACUUGGCCAUAGUUCUUCUGUACCAAGCUGGCCAAAAUGAGAUUUUGGCUGUGGAAUUACGGCAGGAGGAUUGCAAGGAAUGGAGAGGCAUGAGAAGAGCCUAUGGGGCAGUGUGGGAUAUGCCUAAUCCACCAAAGGGUGCCAUUAGCUUGAAGCUCCAGGUCUGUGGCAGCGCAGGGGUGACAUGGGUCCAAGCAGAUAAUGUUUUACCAAGUGAUUGGAAGGCUGGGGUUGCUUAUGACUCUGCCAUUCAGCUUCCUUAAAGAUUGAAGGACUAAGUCAUUAGUUUGCAGCUAGUCGGACAUAAAGAAGCUGCUAGUUU